AUAUAAAUCCCAUUUGUUGCGACUCCAUCGUCAGCGCUUGUUUGACCCGCGAUUCACGUCCUUGAAACACAUUUGCUAUUCUUAGAUUAUAUCACUGUCUGGGAAACAAAGACUUUCACUGGCUUGCCAAUUUCACUUUCACAUCAGCCACCGGAUUCAAGGGGUUUUGCUCUAGAUCUUUAUUGUUUGCCCGGCGGACCAGACGCGCAACAAAGGGACGACACAGAGUCUACAAAAGGGUAGCAGUGCUUGCUGUUUGAAUUUUUUUCUGUUUAUAAAAUAUCAAACAGAGUGUCGACGUCAAGCAUCUAGUUUUCAUCCAUAAUUACUCGGCGAGAUAUUUCUCACCUGAACCAUGAGCGGAGCCGUUGCUAAUUACGCGGCCAAGAGCUUUUUGAAGAGAAGGAUUGAGGAUCAGGCCGCAGAACAAAAGGAUAGCGAGUUCCAUGGAGUGAGGAAAUUUAAGAAGAAUCAUCUUCCUUACACCUCGGACAAAGACCUCAAGGUCCUCAACAAGGUCGCCCGACGCGCACGGAGACUUGAUUAUGGAUUGUGUAACUGCUGCGGACUACGCAUUGGCUGGAGCGUUAUUAUCGGCAUCAUACCUUUUGUCGGUGAUGGCUUAGAAGUGUUGCUUGCGAUGUGGGUGUUGUCAACCGCGUCUACCAUCGAAGGCGGAAUUCCUCCCAUGCUCCGCAGCCGCAUGUACUUCAAUAUUAUGGUCGAUUUCUUCGUUGGACUUGUUCCCUUUGUUGGCGACGUCGCAGAUGCAUUCUACCGCUGCAACACUCGAAACGCAAAGCUUCUCUACGCCUACCUCAAAGUCGAAGGUGAAAAGAAGGCCAGUCUCGGGAUACAGCCGGAAAAGCCACCAGCCAAGUCGUGGAAAACGGGAAUAUUUGCUCGCUCAGAGAAAGAAGGAAGACAGCUUAAACCGGCCCAUGUGAACCCUAAUCCGAGACCCAACCCAACAUAUUCUCACCACGAUGAUGACGAUGUGGAGCUUGGAAUUACUUCAAGACCUUAAACAAGAAGACUGGGUCUACUAAAUAAUGCUGUGGGUUGGGUAUAGAUAUGUUGGGCGCCUGGCGGAAUCCUUUUUCUUUUCUUUUCCGGAAGUAAUGGUCUGCAUUUGCAUUAUUCAUUUUUUAGUUCGAGCUUAUGGCCUGGUUCACAAAAGUUGGACGGUUAAUAUUGGAAACCCCAUUCGAGUGUUUUGAUUGCAAUCGCAACGCGCAGCGUCGUACAUUUUAAUUCCAUAGUAUCUUGAAAUCAAUGUAAGUUAGUAUCAGACUUGGUCUAAUUCAGAGGCGAAUAUCCCUUAGAUAUACGUUAUCGUAAACUGUUCAGUUUGAAUUUGCAAAU